UUCAGUGAAGUGCCCAACAGGAGUUGGUAGGUGGAAAGACCCAUAGAUUUUCAAGUGAUAGUCUUGGGGUUUGAGUUUCUGCAACAUUCAUCAAAGACAAACGUCACCGAGAAUCUUUCCAUCGAAUAUGCAUCCUGUGGUGGCCACUGUGCUGCUGGUAUUCUCCUGUGCUGUCUUGGCACUGGAUAAUGGCUUGAUGAGGACCCCGCCCAUGGGCUGGCUGGCAUGGGAACGGUUCCGCUGUAACAUUGACUGUGAUAAUGACCCUAAAAACUGCAUCAGUCAGGAUCUUUUCAGAGACAUGGCAGAUCGUCUGGUCGAGGAUGGCUGGAGGGAGCUGGGUUAUGUUUAUGUUAAUAUUGAUGACUGCUGGUCCUCCAUGCAAAGAGACGCCCAGGGCCGUCUUCAACCAGACCCCAAGAGGUUCCCUGGGGGCAUUGCAAAGUUGGCGCAAUAUGUCCAUGACCGUGGUUUGAAGCUGGGUAUCUACGGGGAUCUUGGCACCCACACAUGUGGCGGGUACCCUGGCACCACGCUGGAUAAGAUAGAGACUGAUGCCCGAACUUUUGCAGAGUGGGGGGUAGACAUGCUGAAACUAGAUGGUUGCUAUUCUAACGCAACCACUCAGGAACUGGGCUACCCACUCAUGUCGAAGGCUCUGAAUGCCACUGGCCGUAUGAUUGGCUACUCCUGCAGCUGGCCCGCCUACCAAGGUGGUCUUCCUCCCACAGUGAACUAUUCUCAGCUAGGGGAGAUCUGUAACUUGUGGAGGAACUAUGGUGACAUCCAAGACUCAUGGACUAGUGUUUUGCGUAUUGUGGACUGGUUCUCAGACAACCAGGACAUCCUUCAGCCGGCAGCUGGCCCAGGACGCUGGAAUGACCCAGACAUGUUGAUCAUUGGAGACUAUGGCCUCAGCAUGGACCAGUCACAGUCUCAGAUGGCUCUGUGGGCAAUCAUGGCAGCCCCACUCUUCAUGUCCAAUGACCUCCGAACUCUGAGCAGCAGUGCCCGUUUCAUCUUACAGAACAAGGUCGCUAUUGCCAUCAAUCAAGACCCCCUGGGCGUCCAGGGCAGACGCCUGCUUAAGGAGAAGAGUGGUGUUGAGGUGUUCUGGCGACCUCUGUCUGAAGGAGCAAGUGCUUUAGUUUUCUUCAGUCGCCGUACAGACAUGCCGUUCCGCUACCAGACGUCUCUGAGGAAACUUAAUUACACCGCUGGCACCUACAAGCCCUAUGAUGUCUUUAUGGAGAAACCUUUGGGACUGUUGAAGGACUCCACAGAUUUUGUCGUCUCCAUCAAUCCGUCAGGUGUGGUCAUGUGGUUCGUACCUCCAGCAGCUCAGUGGCAGAAACAGGCUGAACGCGGGCGAAUGUUCUAUAGUCGCAGUGACCAAGGCAACACCCGUGUCCUACUCUAAUCUGGUCCAAAAACGAUUUUUAUUAUCCAGGAAGAUAUUGAUGUCCUUAACAGAGCCCAUCCACUCAGGGACCUGAAGCCAAUGAAGCAAAUCUUUACAAUGAACAUUUUCACACCACAAUUAUGUUGUUUUUUUUAUUGAAUGUGUUGAUGUUUUUAAAAAAAAAACUUUUCAAAUUAAUGUCUAUUUUGGAAUAAAUUUUAUAUGCCAUACACUUAAG